AUUCUGGAGAGGUUUUCUCAGAUAUCGAAGCCCACCCAAAAACCUUUUAUGGAUAGCCGGACCUAGGGCUUUCCCAGUUUUAAAAAAGAGCGCCAAACGUCUCUAUCAGUUUCCCCUGUCCGAUCGGUCAUAAAAUGAUUUCUCUUGGAAACCAUGCUAAUGACACUGACGGUGUCUCAGCCAUGGACGUUGAUCCGUUUCUCGCGUUCAUCGAUUAUGCGAGGUCUGUGAUCUCUCCCGCAGACGAUGAUUCGGAUCCUAAUGGAAACUGCAGUGGCCCCGGGUGGAGCUGGAUCGCCUCUCGGAUUCUCAAGACUUGCGUUGCCUACUCGAGCGGUGUCACCGCUGCGAUUCUGCUCUCUGAUCUCUCUCAGGCUUGGAACGAGCAAUGCAGGGCUGGAGCUCCUAAGAAAAGGCCGGAAUGUAUAAAUCAAUUGAAAAAGAACCAUCGGAGAACAAAGCUUCCAAACACGGUUUCGAUUGACACUAUAUAUGACAGAAACUUCCUUUCCUUAAGUAGCGUCUUGGAAGCUGUUAUUGUCGAUACCUUUUCUCUCCCAGGUACAAACAUCUACAUGCUUACUUUGGGGGAUUUUCGAAGCUCCAACACCAUAGACCUUUAUCUCCACCGUAGAUACUAUGAUUUGGUGGAUCCUCAGAAUGGGAUUCUGAAGAAAGGGAGGGAGAUUUUACUCACUGGAUGUUAUCUUCGUACAGCUGCUGAAGGAUCUGGGUGUCCAAGACUUUUGCCUACAGAGUAUCUGGUGAUAUUGUUAGAUGAGGAGGAAGAUGACGAUGCAAUGCUGCUAGGAGCUCAGUUUUGUUCAGAUACUUUCUCUUCCAUUUCUCCUGAUGCGGUAAAGAAAGGGGUUUCCUUUUCGUUGCUUGCUAGGAUUGAGUCUAUUGGGUCAUUGGAAUUUCAGGGAAGGUUUGGUAGCUUACAGAGGAAACAAAUUACACUUGUUGAUAAUGAUGGUGUCAAGUUAAAGUUUGUCUUGUGGGGUGAACAGGUUCUCCUUGCUAACCUUUUCAGUGUCUCAAGUAUGCUCGCACUGGAUAGACCUUUUAUUUCAAAUUCCAUAGAGAGUACAGUUGAAACAAGUGACGAUUUUUGCCUUGAAUACGGUAGUGCAACGCAAUUAUAUAUGGUUCCUUCCAUUCAACAAGAGGAGCAAGUAUGUGUAGCAUUGACACAAAAUCGAUAUCAAGGACCAAGGCUACUGAAUACAUUGGAUCCUAGUCAGGAUCCUAAAGUUUCACAAGUCUCCCUACCCUGUGAUUCACGGGGUUCGAUUGACUUCAGUAGUUAUCCCUUUCGAUCAUUUGUAAUAGACCUUCAUGACAAGAUGACAGGCAUCAGCCUCUAUGGUGUUGUUACAGAUAUUAUCAAAGAGAAACAUGCAACAGAAGCUCUCUUCUCUCUGAGAAUUGAAGAUACUACUGGAGCCAUUUGGGUGACGCUACAUUUUGCCAAAUUUUGGUCAUUGGGCCGAUUAAGCUUUGGUUAUACGGUUUAUAUUUCUGGUUUAACAUGCUCUAUGACAAAGCAAAAACGCCUGGAAGCAUUAUGGUUUGAGAAUGAUAUCAGAUCUUCUUUCUUCAUCCUUAGUUGCUUGCCCGCAUUGAUAAACUCUUCUUGCCUUCAUAAAGUUUCAAAUCUUUGUGAUCUAUCUAGCCAGACUAACAGCACACAGAUAUGUCGAGUGUGGCUUGACCAAAUCGCUCAUUGUCAUGUUAAAAUGUCACAUUCUCUUUGUGGUCAUUUUGUUACCAAGACCCCUAGUGGGAUUUUGGAAUGCAACUUAUGUCGUUACAAUUGUGAUACCGAAGUUAUGCGCACUUUCCAUCUGAAAAUCACUCUUGCAGAUGAGAGUGCAAAAGUUUUUGCAUGGUGUACUGGUCAAACGGCUGCAGAAUUGCUUCAAAUUUCAGCUGAUGAAUUCUCUGAACUGCCUGAGGAAGAACAAGUGAUGUAUCCUUCUUCACUAGAGAAUGAGAGGUUUGUAGUUGCAGUAGUAAAUUGCAAGAGGCAGGGUUAUGUAAUUGGUGAUGGUUGUCGUAUCCUUGAAAAUGAUGCUGCGUCAUGGGAGAUAACUCGUGCAUUUAGGUGUGAAUAAUGUCUUUAACAGGAUAAGGAGUUCGAGGAAUAUUUGCUUACAUUUCAUUUACAAAUGAUGAGGUAUUUAUACAAGAGGUAGAGAAUCAAAAACAGUUACAUCACAGCAGGGACUUUGUCUGCAGUUCUUUCUAGAACAUUUGUAUUUUCUGUACAAUUAUCAUCUAGCUUAAUAGUCUUAUUCAAAAAUGAAUGUUUUGACUGAGUUACUAACCAACUUCACUUGAGAAGGUGGACUGGAACUCUUUGUCUGGAUGGAGAUAUGGUGAUGGCCUUAUUGGUGUUGUGGAGCGGAAAGGUUAUGUAUGAGAUGCAACGUUUCUUUGUAACAAGCUAGAUCAUGAUGCAAGCUUAAUCUGAAGCUUCAAAAUCAAAAGUUGUAACUCUAAAAAGCAAAAUACUCUGUUUUAGGGAGUAAGUUGAUAAACGGAAUGCAUUCAUUCUUAUUUAUAAACUUGUCCUUUGCAUGUA